UCGCGGCGCGGGGAGCGCAGGGGAUACAAACAAGUGUGUGCGGCGCUGGGGGAGGGGGAUCCCUGCUCCCGCUCCGGGAAAACGAGCCUCAAGAAACAGCUUCAAGGUCUCACACCUUCAAAAAUAAGUCUUUUAAGAAAUCCAGCGUCUGUGGAAUUUGCAAACAAGUAAUUGAUAGCCAAGGAAUUUCCUGCAGAGUUUGCAAGUAUGCCUGCCACAGGAAGUGUGAAGAAAAGGUGGUGACACCCUGCUUUCUUCCAAGCAGCUAUGAGCUGGCUAAUAACUCUGAGGUGGUUAAAAAUCAUGUAACCAGAAGUAAUUCCACCAGUGCUUUGAAGAACUCCUCUUUCAGUUGUGACAAAGUAUUACGAAGUGCAGACUUUGAUCACAUUAUGGAGGAAGGCUAUGAACUUGACCUCACUUACAUCACAGAGCGGAUUAUUGCUGUAUCCUUCCCUGCUGGCUGUUCUGAGGAAACUUACCUCCACAAUCUACAAGAAGUAACACGAAUGCUCAAAUCCAAACAUGGUGAUAAUUACUUGGUAUUAAACCUCUCUGAAAAGAGGUAUGACCUUUCCAAGCUUAACCCAAAGAUUAUGGAUGUGGGGUGGCCUGAUCUCCAUGCUCCACUUCUCGAUAAGGUGUGCACCAUCUGCAAGGCUAUGGAGUCCUGGCUGGACAAUGAUCCUCAACACGUGGUGGUUAUCCAUUGCAGAGGAGGAAAAGGAAGGAUAGGUGUAGUCAUAUCAUCGUAUAUGCACUUUACCAAUGUUUCUGCAAGUGCUGAUCAGGCUCUAGACAGAUUUGCUAUGAAGAAAUUCUUUGAUGAUAAAGUUUCAGCUUUAAUGCAGCCGUCCCAAAGAAGAUAUGUGCAGUUCUUAAGUGGCCUUCUAUCUGGAUCUGUGAAAAUGAAUGCAACCCCUCUUUUCCUGCACUAUGUUAUCCUUCAUGGCAUCCCAAACUUAGAUGCUGGGGGAGCUUGUCGGCCUUUUUUGAAGUUAUACCAGGCUAUGCAACCAGUUUAUACAUCUGGAAUAUAUAGCAUAGGGUCAGAAAAUCAAAGUCGAAUCUGCAUUGCUAUAGACCCUGCCCAGCUUUUGAAGGGAGAUAUUAUGAUGAAGUGUUAUCACAAAAAAUACAGGUCAGCUACUCGUGAUGUGAUUUUUCGCCUUCAGUUUCACACUGGAGCUAUUCAAGGGUAUAGCUUGGUGUUUGGCAAAGAAGAUUUGGAUAAUGCCAACAAAGAUGACCGUUUCCCUGAUUACAGCAAGGUGGAACUAGUGUUUUCAGAAACUCCAGAGAAAAUUCAAGGAUGUGAACACCUUCUGAAUGAUCAUGGAGUAAUAGUUGAUUACAAUACAUCAGACCCACUAAUACGCUGGGAUUCCUAUGAGAAUAUGAGCCCCGAUGGGGAAGUGCUGCAUACCCAAGGUCCCAUUGAUGGCAGUCUGUAUGCAAAAGUGAGAAAGAAGAGCUCUUCAGACAGCAACAUCCCUGGUGAUGCUCAGGGUGUUCAUGUUACAGGCAGUCCUGAUCACAGUGAUCAUACCCUGUCUGUCAGUAGUGAUUCAGGGCACUCCUCAGCUUCCAUCAGAACAGACAAGACUGAGGAACGCCUUGUCCCAGGAGGUAAACGGGGUCUGAGCCCACAAGAGAAGGCAGAACUGGACCAGCUACUUAGUGGCUUUGGUCUAGAGGAGUCUGUCAGCACCACCAAGAAUAUGACUGAUGCUCAAAGCAAGUACAGUGCUACUCACCACAUAGUGCCAGCUCAAGUUCACCUGAAUGAAGUCACCGAAAUGAAGGACAGGGAGACUGAUAUUCUCGAUGAUGAAAUGCCUAAUCAUGACCUUCACAGUGUGGAUAGCAUUGGGACUUUGUCUUCCUCAGAAGGGCAGCACUCCACCCACCUAGGGAAUUUCAGUUGCCACAAGAGCAGUCAGAACUCUCUCCUUUCAGAUGGCUUUGGAAGUAAUGCUGGGGAAGAGCAUCACAAUGCUUUUGCUGCAGACCUGGGAAUUGGUGUUGAUUCAUUCUAUGAGAGAUCAUUUGGAAGCACUGAGCCUAAGUCAACUGAACAAUUGCAACAGAAUCCUUCUGUCUCACCCCAUCCACAAGCCUAUGGCCCAAGUAACUACUCUACUCAGACCUGGGUACGCCAGCAGCAGAUGGUCACUGCUCACCAAUACGGUUUUACCCCAGAGAAUGAAAUUAGAGUUGGCAUUCAUAGCACUGUGGAGAAUUUGGGCAGUGUCCAGAGCCAGUCCCAAAUCCCAGAUGCUCCAACACGUGGUUCUAGCAGCAGAGAUGCUGUGCAGAGAGGGCUAGGAAGCAUGCAGGGUGCUGCAGAAGCUGAAGAACUUGCAAGUGCUGACAGUUUUAAGUCAAGGCAAAUGCCUCAAAGGAACACAAAUGGCCUGGAUCUAGGACAAAAUGCUGGGGACUUAGCAGCUUCUCCAACUUUGGAUAUUGAUCAGUCCAUUGAACAAUUGAACAGGCUGAUCUUGGAGUUAGACCCUACAUUUGAACCUAUCCCAACCCGCAUUAACGCUCUCACCAGUGACAGAAAUCAAGUAAAUGGCUUCAGCAGCCUUGAUGCACGCAUGGAAGAGCUUAACAGUAGUUCUGGCUUCCAUGACAAAUUAGAGGUCACAAACAGGAAUCCCUCCGGGCAUGCAACAGGUAUGCAAGAUGAUGAUGCAACAGGGAAAAGGCUCAGAAAGUUAAGUGUUGGGCAGUAUGACAAUGAUGUUCCUGGGGAGCCAUCGUAUAACAGGUGUGCAUGGAUGAAGUCUCCUGCUACUCACCAGGCCGUAAUUCCAGGAUCACCAGUUGCUGGAGGGAAAACCAAGGAGAUGACCGCUGUACAUUACCAAGAUGAAAUAGAUGGGAGAAUCUUCUCCACCAUAAAAAAUGGAAACGAAGAUGUCACGUUCACAUCAGCUUUUCCCCUGUCACCAGAGAAGACGUAUGUGACAACAUCUCCAUUAUGCCGUCAGCAGAUUCCCUCCAGCCAAAAGGUCAGCAGCCCAUCUGAGUUGUACAGAACCACUUCUGAAUCUCAAAGUUACACGGAAGCCAUUAACCUCUCUAUGGUGAUGUCUGACAGCACCGUGGGCACUAACUCUCCUUUGCUGAGGACCAACAUGCAGACUGAUCCCUCCUUUCAGCGCUGUUUUGCAUCUUCAUGUACUGUUGCAAGUAGCAGUCCUAUCCCAGGGGCAGAAAGCUCUUCUGCAGCAGAAUGUCCUUGGCUUGAAAGCAGCUCUAAAGCUUCCCUGUCAACCCAGUUUUCAAUGGGAAACACAAGGCAGCCAGGAGGUUACGUUGUGCCCUCUGAAUUUUCGAGUGCUGUGCAGGAUGUCUCUCUCCUGUCUCAUUUCCAAACUCCAGGACUGCAAGUUGUCACCAUGAGCAACCUGGAGAGUUCACCAGCAGAGCCACACCAAGAACAUGAUACCAGCAGCAGUGGCCGUGCCUACCUGAGCUACAGCACAGGCACCAGGGACAGUAGCUCCCCCCGAGAGGAGACACAAGCUACUUGCACAACCAAUGCUAGCCCAUCUAAAACCCUGAGCUCAUCAGUGGCAAGUGCUGGUGACAAUGACUUUUUGACACAAAACUUCCUUACAGUGGCCUCUGGACACAACAGCCAGAACAAUGCAGUUCCACAUUAUCAUGGAGGGAGCCUGCAUGCUCAACCGCCUCUUCCAGAGAAGAAGAGGUCCUCUGAAGGAGAACGUUCCUUUGCCUCUGUGUCACCUUCUUCAAGUGGCUUCUCUAGCCCUCACAGUGGAAGCACAAUCAGCAUUCCCUUCCCAAAUGUCCUCCCAGAUUUCUCAAAAAUGUUAAGCCCUUCCCCAGUGCCAGAAAACACAGCUGAUAAACAUGUGACCGUGAAAUUUGUUCAGGACACAUCCAAGUUCUGGUAUAAGCCAGAUAUUUCAAGAGAACAAGCCAUUGCUGUUCUCAAGGAAAAGGAGCCUGGGUCUUUCAUUGUUCGAGACAGUCAUUCUUUCCGGGGAGCCUAUGGGCUAGCAAUGAAAGUUGCCACACCACCUCCUUCUGUGCUACAGUUGAAGAAAGUUGGAGAUUUGUCAAAUGAACUUGUAAGGCAUUUUCUGAUUGAAUGUACUCAGAAGGGGGUACGCUUGAAAGGAUGCCCAAAUGAACCAUAUUUUGGGAGUUUGACAGCUCUAGUGUAUCAGCAUUCCAUCACUCCACUGGCAUUGCCCUGCAAGCUUCUCAUCCCAGACAGAGAUCCCUUGGAGGAGAUAGCAGAAACUUCUCCACAAACUGCUGCAAACUCAGCUGCGGAGCUUCUCAAACAGGGUGCAGCUUGUAAUGUUUGGUACCUGAAUUCAGUGGAGAUGGAGUCCCUCACAGGCUACCAGGCAGUACAGAAAGCCUUGAGCCUGACGCUGAUGCAAGAUCCUUCUCCUGUCUCGACUGUUGUCCAUUUCAAGGUGUCUGCUCAGGGAAUCACACUGACAGAUAAUCAAAGAAAACUCUUUUUUCGGAGACAUUAUUCAGUCAACACUGUUCUUUUCUGUGCUUUGGAUCCACAGGAUAGAAAGUGGAUGAAAGAUGGCCUUUCUGCAAAAGUGUUUGGGUUCAUUGCCAGGAAGCAAGGCAGUGCCACAGACAACGUAUGCCACCUCUUUGCAGAGCAUGAUCCAGAACAACCUGCCAGUGCCAUUGUGAACUUUGUAUCAAAGGUCAUGAUUGGAUCCCAGAAGAAGAUCUGAUGCCUUUCCAUCCUUGAUUCGGAGCUCUUCGCUGACUUCACCAAAGGAAAUCACUAUGAGAGGGAGAAAUGCUGUGCAGCAACAAUGUCUGAAUACUGUCAUUCCCAAUAAGGAAAGCCGAGGGUGAUCUGUGUAUUGUGUUUGUGAGAGCUCAGGCUUUUAUUUCAAGGUGCCUCACAAAGAAUUAUUUCUUCAUUUUUAUAUCGGAGGACAAAACAAAAGAAGCUGAGUGCCACCCAAAACCACGUAGCCUUUACCUGAAUGAAGCAUAAAUGAAGAACUUUUCUCCUGAUGGGUUUCUAAUAUAUCUUCAUAUGCUGUUUCUCACCAUUUAUUGGAGUAGAAAUACUUACUAGAUUGCGCUACUUUUAUGUUCAGGAAGUGUUUUGUGAAACCUCUGCAAAGGCACUUGCCAUGGUUGCAUCAAUGGUAGUUACAGACCUUGCAAACAUGCUUUUAGGAGAAUGAUCAUCUGAGGAAAACUAUUUGCUCUUCCCUAUGUCUUUGUGAUCAGUGAUGGGAACUGAAUGGAGAAAAGGGAAGAUGUAUGUGAAGAGAAGGUUUGUGCAAGUCGUUUUCUGGUAAGAAUGGAGUAGUUGUAGUUAGUGUUAAGAAGGCUGAGAUGUUUUAGUUUGAAAAUUUUUCAAUAGAGCAGAAGUGGCAGAACAAAAAAAAGUGUGAAAAUCCGCUAUAAUUAGGGGGGUUUUGUAAUUUUUUUUAAUACAGAAAACCAAGCAGGGAAGAUGAAGCAUUUUAGUAAUUACAGGAUAAAAAUGAGGGAAAAGCAAAGAGGAAGAUUGUGUAAUUUAUGCAUUUUUACCUGUGACAGAUUAUUUAUAGUGGAUCUCAGAUCUUGGUAUGUCAGACAUAAUUCUUAAUCUAGACCAGUGUUGAUCUUUAGCACUAUUUUGUGUAAGUAAAUGUGUGUGUAGCCUGUGCCAUUCUAGAGACAAUAGGCUGAGACAAUUUUGUCUUACAGUGACAAGACACUUCCCAUUUUCUGUCUCUGCAACACUGUUUCAGUCCCCUACAUAAUAUGUAAUUAUAUUUAUGGAGUAUUUUACCCCAUUAUUUUGCUGCAGUUUUGAAGAUUUUUUUUACCUUUUUUUUUUUUUUUUUUUUUCUGUAGGAACUGUAUUGGAUUUUUUAUUCCUUGAGUUAGGGAAUCUGAAAAUGAAUGGAAUUUAUUUUGGUACUUUGCUUCAUUUCUUGAGAGCAAUUAUGUCACGAUUUCUACAUCCAUAUGUACACUUGUACACAUCUCUUUAUCUUUCUUUACACAUUGAUAUUUGAAAUGCAUAAGAAAAUGCUAUUUAGCUUUACAGAAAAUUGAUGCAGUAGGUUACAGUGGAAGCCUGCACAAGUAGAGUAAGCCACUGAGAUCUCCUGUGUAGUUCCCAUUCACCCAAAAUCAGCAAUACUAGAGCCCUGUAUGAGAACUGAUGGUUAUAGUGCAACUUUAGUGUGGCAAGUGCUGAAAAAUUAAAUUGCUUCUCUUUCAUGUGUGGCUGUCAACCUUAUAUUAAUAACCUGAGAAAUAAAAUAACAUUCUGUAUUUUGCA